AUGAAAAUGAAUAUCAAUUUAUUAUGGUUAUUUAUAUUCAUCAACGGUAUAAUAGGGUUUACACCAUUUUAUUCUUCUGAUUUUUGUUCUCAAACCAUUACUAAUGAUUGUAAUACAACAUUUUCAUACAUUGAUUCAAUAAAUGAUGCAGUAUAUCCAACAUUAAAGAAAUUAGUAGCAUCACCAUAUUUCAGAUAUUUCAAGAUAAAUUUCGAUAAACAAUGUAAAUUCUGGGAUGAAGAAUAUUUCUGUGCUAGUAGGAAUUGUGCAGUUGAAUUAUCAUCAAGAUCGGAAGUUAACUGGGACGAAGACCUUUUCUUGAAUGAUGGAUCUGGUAGUAAGGUAUUAGAUCGUGAUGAAGUAUUAAGUAGUUGUAAUGAUUUGGAUUAUUGUGAAAUCGAUGAUGAUGAUAACGCUGACGUAGCUAAUUUAGUUAAUAAUCCUGAAAGAUUCACUGGAUAUGCUGGUAAACAAGCCCAAAAUAUCUGGAGUGCUAUCUAUAAUGAAAAUUGUUUCAAAAAUGAUGAUGGAUCAAUCGAUUCCGAAAGUUGUUCUGCCAAACAAUUAUUCUUCAGAGUUGUUAGUGGAAUGCAUGCAUCGAUCUCAACUCAUUUAUCCAAUGAAUAUCUUUUUGAAAAGGAAGAUUAUGAUACCUAUGAACCAAAUUUGAAAGUAUUCAUGGAAAGAGUUGGAAAAUUUAAUGAUAGAAUUUCAAAUUUAUAUUUCAAUUAUGGUUUAAUUUCCCAAUCCAUUAUUCAAUUAUUCAAGAAUUACCCAAUUAUUGAAUUAUUAAAACAUGACGGUACAGAAGAAAGCAAUCAUGAAGAAAGUUUGGUCGAACUCAUAUCACUUUUGGAAAAAGAAUCUCUUUUCAAAACUUCAUUAAUCAUUGAACCUGAAUAUAAAAAUGAAUUCAGAAAUAAAUUCAGAAAUAUCAGUAGUAUUAUGGAUUGUGUUGGAUGUGAUAGAUGUAGAAUGUGGGGUAAAUUACAAACCAUCGGUUAUGGUACAGCAUUAAAGAUUUUAAAUGAAGAAAAUGAUUCUAGUUUGGUAUUCAGAAGAAUUGAAAUUGUUUCAUUAUUCAAUACUUUCGAUAGAUUAAGUAAAUCUAUCGAAUCAGUUAAAAAUUUCAAACAAAUGUAUUUAGAACAUUUACAAGAUGUAGAAAAAGGGUUAGUCCAACCAGGAGAUUUUGAUAAAUUAACUGAUAAGAAUGGUCUUAGUUUCCCAUUCUUGAAGGAUUCAAGAGAAUUAAAAUCAAAGAUUAAUCAAAUGAAAGAAAUAAAAACAGAUUCUUCAGAAGUUCCUAAAAAAGAUACUAAACCCGUUGAACCAGUAAGACAAGGUAGAUUAAAACAAGAUUUCAAUCAAUCACUUGAUGAAGUCUAUAAAGCAUUAAAAUUCGUUUUAAAUUCUUAUAGAGUUUUUCCUAUGAUAAUUUUAAAACAAACCUUAAUCAGAUUGAAUUACUAUUGGAAUGCAUUUAUUGGUAUUGAUACCAAUGAAUAUUAUGAAGAAUUCCAAUUACAACAAGAGCAACAAUAUAUCAAUUUAUUUAAUGAUUAG